AUGUCUACAAAAAACAAAGAUCUAUAUGUUGGCAUUGAUUUGGGUACCACAUUUUCAAGUUUGAGUUACUCUGACAAUAAUACACAAUGUGUUACUAUGCUUGAUUUUGGUAUUAGUAGUUCAUUAUCGGCUUCGACAGUCAAUUUUACUCAGACCCCGAUAGGCGUAUCUGUGGAAAAUGCAAACGUCAUUGGUGAAGUCAAGAGGUUCAUUGGUCUGACUUAUGAUGAUCCUGCUAUUAAAACAAUUUGUAAGGAACUUUCAUACAAAAUUGACAAAGAGAGCCACAACCGAAUUACAAUUCCAGUAGUUUACAACGGCAAACAAUACUCCUUUUACCCCGAAGAAAUAUCUGCUUUUGUUUUUUCAAAUUUAAAGAAACAACUCAUCCAUAAAACGGGAGUCAAAGAAAUUAAUAUUCGUGCCGUGUUGUGCUGCCCCGUUUCGUUUAAUGAUGCACAAAAGGAAGCCACUUUAAGGGCUGCUCAAUACGCUGGAAUCGAUGUCGUCAAAUUAAUCCCGGAACCAACUGCUGCCUUCUAUUUCUAUAGCAUUCGAAACCACGCAUUUAACAUUGAAAAUGAUGUCACCAAAAAAGACACAAAAGUGCCUUCUGGAUACCCUAAAAUGCCAACUGAAAUUAAUGAAGGAAUAUUCUUGACCUUCGACUUUGGAGGAGGAACUUUGGACACAACUUGUAGCUCAACUUAA